AAGAGUUCAAUUGGACAAGUGGGGACGAAGAUGAUGUCAUCGGUAUGGAACGACACCCCAUUUUCUUUUUUUUAGAGAGAGAGAGAGAGAGAGAGAGAGAGAGAGAGAGUUUAUGUGAGUGUCUUGCCUCGUCUCGUCUCGGGCGUCAUUUGCAUUCCACACACAGACAAAUCCUGUUAAGACUUUCUGAAUUGACCAAAUUGCAUGUCUUUCUCAGUCAUGGGAAAAGUUUUUCUUUUCGUUUUGAUCACAAUUCUUCUGAACGCGACCCAGGCUAAAGGAACGAAGGCCUGGGAGAACAAACGAAACAACACUGUCAUCGCCAGACCGAGGACUUUUAAAGGAAACGCGAUCCCAGUUAACGUCCCUCUUCCUCCUAAUCGAACAACAGACCUGCAAACACGUGUCGUCCCGUCUGCCGUGGUUGUUGUGGAGAAUUUGGAAGUGGAGUUACGCAGCAACAACACGGCAAAGUACCUCCGAGGUCCUCUGAGCAAGUGCUUCAUCCCAGCUGUCUACAUCAUAGCCAUCGUUGUCGGCAUUCCUGCCAAUAUCGCCAUUUUGGUCACUGUUAGAACCAAAGUGAGGGUCGUUUCAUCUGCAAUUUUGUACUGCAGCUUAGCGGUGUCCGACUUGCUGCUGUUGUUCAGCCUGUUGCUGAAGACACACUAUCAUCUCAGUGGGAACCAUUGGAUUUUUGGUGAAACCGCCUGCCGUAUCACAACCGCCUGCUUUUACGGCAACCUUUACUGCUCAGCUUUUACACUAGCGUACAUUAGUAUCAAGCGCUACCUAGCCGUGGUUUAUCCUUUUCUCUAUAAGAGUUUGCCAAAGCGCACAUUCAGCACCUGGGGUUGCUUAACUGUUUGGAUUGUGUUUUUUAUCGCCCUACUCCCGGAAAUUCUAGUGCAACAAAGCUACCGCAUCGCACAUCUCGAAAUAACCACAUGCCAUGAUGUUCUUCCUGACAACAUAGAUUACUACCAGUGGCUUGUCUAUUAUAACCUUGGCCUCACCUGUGUAGGGUUUUUUCUGCCCCUAGUGGUGACAGUAGCAUGUUACACUUCCAUCGUCUGGCACCUGAACCGCUCACACCGAGACUGGGCUCUUUACAUCAAAGCUAGCACGUUUAACUUAAUUAUUUUUGUCCUGUGCUUCGGCCCAAGCAGCUGUUUUCAUUUUGUGCAUUACGUCCUGCUGUCUGUUAGCACCACAGAGAGUUUCUACAUCUACUUCAGUGUGGCCGUGUGUCUUUGUUGCCUGCAUAGCGCUCUGGAUCCGUUUCUGUUCGUGAUCAUGUCCAGGACUGUCGGAACCAAACGCUACUUUCUUACACGCAAAGGACGUGCGCUUAGCAUCUCUACAUAAAGUCAACAUGAAAUGCAUGUUGUGCAACCCAUUUAGCUUAAGUAAUCCUGUGUAUUUCCAAGUGAAGCAGGAUGUUUAAUGUGAACUCGUUAACAAGUGAAAUAGAAAGUCGUUUUAAUGGCAGAAAGUUGUUGCAUUUUGAUACAAGACUACAAGCACUUACACUACCGUUCAAAAGUUUUUUUUUUUUUUGAAAGAAAUGAAUACUUUAACUCAGCAAAGAUGCAUUAAAUUGAUCAAAAGUGGCAAUAAAGACAUUUAUAAUUUUACAAAAGAUUUCCAAAUAGAAUCCUAAAGUAUUUUUGAUCAAAUAAAUGCAACCUUGGUGAGCAGAUGAGACUUCCUUCAAAAACUGACCACAUGCUUUUGAACAGUAGUGCACAUUCGAUGAAUAUAUUAAGUAAAUAGGGUCAAUUUUGAUUUUAUGCUGACUAUAUUGAUCAAAAAAAUGAGUAAUCUAGAAUCUGUUUUGUUGGUUUUGAUCUUGUUCCUAAAACCUCCUUGUUCUAGAUUUAAAGUAUUUAAUAUGUGAAGUGCCAUUAGGAGAACUAAUAGUUUGUAAUUCCAGCCAGCUGGCUUGAAUCGCUUGGACAGGAGCAGCUUCUUUUAUACUGAAUACAAAUGGAGAGACAUUUGAAUGGCCAUAAGAGAAAAGAGUGUAAUAUACUGCCUGGACUGUGUUCAGUGUGUGUGUGUGUGUGUGUGUGUUAUGAAUGUUACAUAAAGCCUUGUUGACCAAGGCAAAGUUUGACUGUUUGUAUAGAGAAUGUAAAUGCUUUAUGAUAAUAAAAUAUAUUUAAACCUAUAUGAUUUCAAAGCACAGCAUUAAUAUAGCCAUUAAAACAAAUAAAACAAAA